GGAGGUGCCGCCAGAUGGCAGUGUAGAGAGAAGGCGAAAAGCGGCGUGUUCGGAGCCUCUCUUAACAGACAGAAGCGCCGGCGAGUAGCGGAAGUGGAGGCGGGCACGUGGGGCGAGCUACGGUGGCCGAAAAAAUGCCGGGGAUGUGUUAGCAACCAGUCAAGAAUUAGUCCCGGGCGGGUGCUGUGAGCAUCGUAUUUCUAAUCUAGCUCAGCGAGUCUCGAGGAGGGAGCCCCGGCAGCCGUCACCAUGGUGAAGGAGCAGUUCCGGGAGACGGAUGUGGCCAAGAAAAUAAGCCACAUCUGUUUUGGAAUGAAGUCAGCUGAGGAGAUGCGCCAGCAGGCUCACAUCCAGGUUGUGAGUAAGAACCUGUAUAGCCAGGACAACAACCAUGCCCCACUGCUAUAUGGGGUGCUUGACCACAGGAUGGGUACGAGUGAGAAGGACCGUCCUUGUGAAACCUGUGGGAAGAACUUGGCUGACUGUCUGGGCCACUAUGGGUACAUUGACUUGGAAUUGCCAUGUUUUCAUGUGGGGUACUUCCGAGCAGUCAUAGGUAUCUUACAGAUGAUCUGUAAAACCUGCUGCCACAUCAUGCUGUCCCAGGAGGAGAAGAAGCAGUUUCUGGAUUAUCUAAAGAGGCCCGGCCUGACUUACCUCCAGAAGCGAGGGCUGAAGAAGAAAAUCUCUGAUAAAUGCCGGAAGAAGAACACGUGCCAUCAUUGUGGCGCCUUUAAUGGUACUGUAAAGAAAUGUGGGUUACUGAAGAUAAUCCAUGAGAAAUACAAGACCAACAAGAAAGUGGUGGAUCCUAUCGUGUCAAAUUUCCUUCAGUCCUUCGAAACCGCCAUCGAGCAUAACAAAGAAGUAGAGCCUCUACUGGGGAGGGCACAGGAAAACUUGAAUCCCUUAGUAGUUCUGAAUUUAUUUAAACGAAUCCCAGCUGAAGAUGUCCCUCUACUUCUGAUGAAUCCAGAAGCUGGAAAGCCCUCCGAUUUGAUUCUCACACGACUUUUAGUGCCUCCUCUGUGUAUUAGACCCUCUGUCGUGAGCGAUUUGAAGUCUGGCACCAACGAAGAUGAUCUGACGAUGAAAUUGACAGAAAUCAUUUUCCUAAAUGAUGUCAUUAAAAAGCAUCGGAUAUCAGGAGCUAAGACCCAGAUGAUCAUGGAAGACUGGGAUUUCCUGCAGCUGCAGUGCGCCCUCUACAUUAACAGUGAGCUCUCAGGCAUUCCCCUCAACAUGGCGCCCAAGAAAUGGACCAGAGGGUUCGUCCAGCGCCUGAAGGGAAAACAGGGUCGAUUUAGAGGCAAUCUCUCAGGAAAAAGAGUGGAUUUUUCUGGCAGAACAGUCAUCUCACCUGACCCCAACCUCCGAAUUGAUGAGGUAGCUGUGCCAGUUCACGUGGCCAAAAUUCUAACUUUCCCUGAGAAGGUGAACAAGGCAAACAUCAACUUUUUGAGGAAGCUGGUUCGAAAUGGCCCUGAAGUUCACCCAGGAGCCAAUUUCAUUCAGCAGAGACACAUGCAAAUGAAAAGGUUUUUGAAAUACGGAAACAGAGAAAAGAUGGCUCAGGAGCUCAAGUAUGGGGACAUUGUGGAGAGACACCUCAUAGAUGGAGACGUGGUUCUGUUCAAUCGGCAGCCUUCGCUGCACAAAUUGAGCAUUAUGGCGCAUCUGGCCAGGGUCAAACCCCACCGCACCUUCAGAUUUAAUGAGUGUGUCUGUACACCCUACAACGCGGAUUUUGAUGGUGAUGAAAUGAACCUUCAUCUUCCUCAAACAGAAGAAGCUAAAGCAGAAGCCCUUGUUCUCAUGGGGACUAAAGCAAAUCUUGUAACCCCAAGGAAUGGAGAACCACUAAUUGCUGCUAUUCAGGAUUUUCUGACAGGUGCCUAUCUCCUCACUCUUAAGGACACUUUCUUUGACCGAGCCAAGGCUUGCCAGAUCAUUGCUUCAAUACUGGUGGGCAAGGAUGAGAAAAUUAAAGUUCGCCUCCCACCCCCUACAAUACUAAAGCCCGUCACCCUGUGGACGGGGAAGCAGAUCUUCAGCGUCAUCCUCAGACCCAGCGAUGACAAUCCAGUGAGGGCCAACCUCCGAACCAAGGGCAAGCAGUACUGUGGCAAAGGAGAAGACCUCUGCGUCAAUGAUUCCUACGUCACUAUCCAGAACAGCGAGCUGAUGACUGGCAGCAUGGACAAAGGAACGCUGGGAUCAGGAUCCAAGAACAAUAUUUUUUACAUUCUGCUGCGAGACUGGGGGCAGAACGAAGCUGCCGAUGCGAUGUCACGGCUCGCCAGGCUGGCCCCCGUCUACCUGUCUAACCGUGGAUUCUCAAUUGGGAUUGGUGAUGUCACACCUGGCCAAGGCCUGCUGAAGGCCAAGUAUGAGUUGCUGAAUGCUGGCUACAAAAAAUGUGAUGAGUACAUUGAAGCCCUGAACACAGGCAAGCUGCAGCAGCAGCCUGGCUGCACUGCUGAGGAGACCCUGGAGGCUUUGAUCCUGAAGGAGCUGUCUGUGAUCCGCGACCACGCGGGCAGCGCCUGCCUCCGGGAGCUGGAUAAGAGCAACAGCCCCCUCACCAUGGCUCUGUGCGGCUCUAAAGGUUCCUUCAUUAACAUAUCACAGAUGAUUGCCUGUGUGGGACAGCAAGCCAUCAGUGGCUCUCGAGUGCCAGAUGGCUUUGAAAACAGGUCCUUGCCUCACUUUGAAAAACACUCAAAGCUCCCAGCUGCCAAAGGCUUUGUGGCUAACAGCUUUUAUUCAGGUUUGACACCAACCGAGUUUUUCUUCCACACGAUGGCUGGCCGGGAAGGUCUGGUUGACACAGCCGUGAAGACAGCUGAAACAGGAUACAUGCAGAGGAGACUCGUAAAGUCCCUUGAAGAUCUUUGCUCACAGUACGAUCUGACAGUGCGAAGCUCUACGGGCGAUAUCAUCCAGUUCAUUUACGGGGGAGAUGGCUUAGAUCCUGCAGCCAUGGAGGGAAAGGAUGAACCCUUGGAGUUUAAAAGAGUUCUGGACAACAUCAAAGCCGUCUUCCCGUGCCAGAGCGAGCCUGCUCUCAGUAAGAAUGAGCUGCUCCUGACCGCUGAGUCCAUCACGAAGAAGAAUGAGUUUCUCUGCUGCCAGGACAGCUUCCUGCAGGAGAUAAAAAAAUUCGUUAAGGAGGUUUCUGAGAAGAUCAAGAAAACCCGAGAUAAAUAUGGCAUCAACGAUAACGGCACAACAGAGCCCCGGGUGCUGUACCAGUUGGACCGGAUCACCCCCACCCAAAUAGAAAAGUUUCUGGAGACGUGUAGGGACAAGUACAUGAGGGCACAGAUGGAGCCAGGUUCUGCCGUGGGCGCACUCUGUGCCCAGAGCAUUGGCGAGCCGGGCACCCAGAUGACCCUGAAGACUUUCCACUUCGCGGGCGUGGCCUCCAUGAACAUCACCCUGGGUGUGCCCCGCAUCAAAGAGAUCAUCAACGCUUCCAAGGCCAUCAGCACUCCAAUCAUCACAGCACAGCUGGACAAGGACGACGAUGCAGAUUACGCUCGCCUCGUGAAAGGGAGAAUUGAGAAAACCCUCUUGGGAGAGAUUUCAGAGUAUAUUGAAGAAGUGUUUCUUCCUGACGAUUGCUUUAUUCUCGUCAAGCUCUCCCUGGAACGGAUCAGACUUCUGAGGCUGGAAGUGAACGCUGAGACGGUGAGGUAUUCCAUCUGCAUGUCCAAGCUCCGCGUGAAGCCUGGCGACGUGGCCGUGCAUGGUGAGGCUGUGGUGUGUGUCACCCCCCGAGAGAACAGCAAGAGCUCCAUGUACUACGUGCUGCAGUUUCUGAAAGAGGAUCUCCCCAAGGUGGUGGUGCAGGGCAUCCCGGAGGUGUCCCGAGCUGUCAUCCACAUCGACGAGCAGAGCGGAAAGGAGAAGUACAAGCUCCUGGUGGAGGGUGAUAACCUGCGGGCAGUCAUGGCCACCCACGGUGUGAAGGGCACCCGAACUACCUCUAACAACACAUAUGAGGUGGAGAAAACCCUGGGCAUCGAAGCUGCCCGGACGACUAUCAUCAACGAAAUCCAGUACACGAUGGUCAACCAUGGCAUGAGCAUCGACCGGCGGCAUGUGAUGCUGCUCUCCGACCUCAUGACCUACAAGGGUGAAGUCCUGGGCAUCACUAGGUUUGGCCUGGCCAAGAUGAAGGAGAGCGUGCUGAUGCUGGCCUCCUUUGAGAAGACAGCCGACCACCUCUUUGACGCCGCCUACUUCGGGCAGAAGGACUCCGUGUGUGGGGUGUCUGAAUGCAUCAUCAUGGGGAUCCCCAUGAACAUUGGCACCGGGCUCUUCAAGCUGCUCCACAAGGCUGACAGGGACCCAAGCCCUCCCAGGAGGCCCCUGAUCUUCGACACAAACGAAUUCCACAUCCCCCUUGUCACAUAGUCCAGGGAAGAGGGGAUCGUUCCUGACCUCGGCUCCUUGUCGUCUGGGAAGGGGCUGGAGGCCAGCAGCUGACUCGUGAGCUUUGUGCUCCCCAGGACCGAGGCCCUGCCAUCCCCACCGUGCUGGCAGUCAGAGAAGCCCCGGCAUCCUAGGAGCAACUCACCCAGUGACCCAGACCACAGCACAGUGCUUGCUGGGGAGAACCGGGAUUUGUCUGUUUGUUUGAAACCUAAUUAAUCUAGGGACAGCUCAGCACCUCCUGCCCACUCCACCUCCCUGGACUUGAGGAUCCCCCAGCCCAGAAUCUUUGCUCGUUCCCACCUCACCUGUCCCUCUGUCCACUCAGAGAGGUGUCCCACCCCGACCGGGAGCCAGGUCUAAGCCCCAGGGCCAGGGCACAUUCUCAGUUCUUCCGUUCCCCAGUCAUGCUGCAAUCUCCAAGUGUGACAUACUAAUGUAAAUAUUGUUACUAUUAUUUAUUUGUCCACUUUGAAGAAUUUGGAAUUUUUAUUGUUAUUUUGGUUUUCCUUUUGAAACCAAGAAGCUAUAGAAACCAAGAAAGCCAGCUUUGAAGCAUCACUGGAAAAACUGGUUAAGCAAAUGGGACUGUGUAGGAUUUGUAACUGAGCUGAAACUGUCAUGAGGCCACGCUGCUCUGAAACAUCUUUUGCAGACCUCCCAGCUACCCUCUUUUUGUCUACUUCCGACCCCCAUAGUUGGGGCUCAACCUCAUGACGAGAGGCAAACCCAUCCUUCAUGGCCUGGAGACGCCUCGCUGGAGUGCGGGGCCUGCUGAGGUAGGCGCUGUCGUGUACACAGAGAUGAAGAGUGAGGCUGGUCCAGACCCACACACCACCUGGGCAGCAUCCACACCCUCCUGCGGAAACUGCAUGUGUGCCCUGCCACCUGCGGCCGAAGAGCACGCAGCUCAGUUGCAGAGCUGGGGGCCUAGAAAGUGUCCCAGGGGAGUGGCGGGAGCGGGUCCUCCCAGAGGGUGCAAGCAGACACCAGCUCUCGGGGCUGAAAUGGUCACCCAGACAGGAAGGGCGAAGGCCUGCACAGGGGUGGGUGCAAGCUAGGGUUGGGGACGCAGCCCAGGUGGCACAGCAGGCUCCUCAAAGAGGAGAUCUGUGACAAUAGAAAGCACAUGUCGGGCUAUGAGGAGAGAACCAACAGGGCAUCCUGGGAAAACCUAUGUUUAACUGCCUGCUUGGGCUUCUGCCAGUGACUGCACUAUCACGGGUGGGUUUUUCAAGGCUUAUGAGGGGGUUUUGUGCAACAUAGGAAAGAAAUGUGUGUAGCUUGUCUUCAGAGAGCACAGGGUUUUGCUUCUUCUGGAGACGGUGGUUCUUUGUGCUGAAUUUGCUCUUGGGGAUUGGCCCAGGGCCACGGAGAAGGAACUGCGGCAGCUGCAGAUCUACUCCCUCCGGAGAACGCUCCAUGGAUCCUGUCCUCCUUCCUUCCCUGCCCAGAGCCAAGUUUUAUCGCUCUGGCUCUUCCUUCCCUCCCAUGAGGCCUUGGAAAACCAAGGCUGCUUGGUUGGAAGUGAGACAAUAGUGAAAAGUGGGGCUUUGACCCUGCUUUCUGGCUCCGUGCACUUGAGAAGGAAGGUCUGCUUCUGAAAUGACAGCCUGUUCAUCUCCGUGUAUCAAGCCACUGGAAGAAACAACAGCACAAACCAAAGAGAUGGGCAUCUGUUGAGCAAGAAGAUGGUUUGGAUGAUUAAAGAGAUGGAUGUGGUAAAAGAAAAAGUAGGGGAGAGUCGAAGAAUUCAAGCAGUGUAAUGUACCUACCUUCUUUGGUCAUUCCCUAGUCGACUCCCCAGGUUCUGAGUUAAUGCCACUGAGGCACUUAGCGUAACCCUUGGUUCUUGGGUCUGUGUUUGGGAUGAGUGCUUUCCCUCCCAUACUGACGUGAUUUUGAGUUAGGAAUUCCUGACCUGAGUGACUUUUCGGCAAUGCUCAGGCUUAAAUUCUGUUAAAAUUAGUUUGAUCCCCACGCCCAUGAGGUUAACCUACAGACUUCUCUUAGGGUGCCAGUGAUGUGAAAAAAGGCCAUUUUUCACAUUCAGCCCCACCCACACACAUCUCUGAACUAAGGUGGCCUGGUUGAAGACGAAGUGUUGAGUCUAUUAAAACGCUCAGGGUUGCGCCAUGAAGCCUCACCACGGACUCUGCUUCUCUCACCCAACCUGCCAAGAGCCACAGAGCCACACGGCUGGCUUCCUGAAAACUCACCUGGGAAGUAAGCCACAGGCCUGAUCAGAUCCAGGACUGCUGGAAUCCACGUAAGGGCCAGGGAGGGUGGAAUUGGGUGGCGGGAGAGAACACCGACGCCCACCUUGCUCUGUUUGACACAUACGUGUAGUGGGGGGGGGACCAUGGCAUCCAUGUGCUGCUGUGAGUAAUAAAGGCGGUACUGGGACUUCCCUGGCCGUCCAGUGGUUAGGACUGCGCUUUCCAUUGCAGGGGGCACGGGUUCCAUCCCGGGUCAGGGAACUAAGAUCCCACAUGCCACCCGUUGUGGGUGGCCAAAAAAAUAUUUUUAAAUAAAAAAAUAAAGGCAGCACCGCCGGGAGCCUCCUCCUGCCUCAGCGAGCACUCCCUGACUCCCUGCAUGAGACCUGUAAUUGCAGUGGCUGCAGGCCCGGGGUCAGGUUCAGGCCAGCACAUGGUUCCGGGAAGGGGUACACCCCCAGUGAGGAGUGAGAUACCCUCGUGGUGCUGCCAGCCCUGCUGGGCCCAUAGGCAACGCUGACCAGUAAACCCUACUCCAGGUUCCCCACCGUGCAUCCCAGGGGUGGGAGUUAAAAUUGUCCCUAAUGUGACCAUCUGCCCUGCCCUGGCCUCGGACUUUGUGCAAGCGCCGAACUCAAACACCGGACAGCAGUGUGUUCUCGAGAGUGAGCUCAAUAGAAGGUUAGGGUUUUAUUCUGGCCUGUUUGGAAGAAAUAAGAAAAACAUUUAAAUUCCGUCUCAUCCAUUAACAGACACGUUUCUGACGGGUGAUCUGUCCAUUUCUUGACCCUUUUUCCAUCCUACGUACCAGGGGAUCGAAAUAGCGAUUGACUCAGUUACAGUCCCCACCCCCUACCCCCCCAUUCUCCCCGCUUUGUUCAGGCUUUUGGGGGCGGAAGAGACAUUCUGGAGCCUUUCAGAGUCUGUGUCAGAGUUAAAUAAAUUACAGUGCUGUGUUUCUAUUUCAGGGUUUAUCCGUUUGUAUUCCCAUUGAUUCAUGUCUGAUAGAAUCUGACACUAUGGAAUGAUUAUUUUUCUUGAAUCUUUGUUGUCUCUUGGCAGAACUCUCUUCUUCUACCAAAACUCAAAAGAAGAAAACUUGUUAUACAAAAAAGUGUAGCAGUUCAUCCCUGUGGGUUGUGAAACAGGGUGACUGGGAUACAUGUGAGCUGUAACUCCCAAGAUAAUUAAUGUUCCCGCCACAAGCCAGCCUCUAGAGCACUAUUUACAAUAGCCAGGACAUGGAAACAACCUAAAUGUCCAUCAACAGAUGAAGGAUAAAGAAAAUGGGGUGCCUAUACACAACGGAAUAUUACUCAGCCAUAAAAAUGAACGAAAUUGUGCAAUUUGCAGAGACGUGGAUGGACCUAGAGACUGUCAUACAGGGUGAAGUAAGAGAAAAAUAGCGUAUGUUAAUGCAUAUAUGCGGAAUCUAGAAAAAUGGUAAAGAUCUUAUUUGCAAAGCAGAAACAGAUGUAGAGAAGGGGAUGUGGGAUGAAUUGGGAGAUUGGGAUUGACAUAUAUACACUAUUGAUAACUACGUAUAAAAUAGAUAAUUAAUGAGAAUCUACUGUAUAACACAGGGAACUCUACUCGAUGCUCUGUGGUGACCUAAAUGGGAAGGAAAUCCAAAAAAGAGGAUAUAGAUAUAGAUAUAUGGCUGAUUCACUUUGCUGUACAGCAGAAACUGACACAGCAGUGUAAAGUAACUAUACUCCAAUUCAAAAAAAAAUUUUUUUUUAAAUGCAGAAUUGAGGGCCUGGCUCCUUUGGGCAGGCUCAGUACAUCAGGCCUCACCAGGGCGGAGAAUGGUCGCUCUGAGCCAGCCCAGCCCUCAGGUUGCAGCCCUUUCAUAUAGGCCCUCCAUGCCCCAUCUGGCCUUUCUUGGGCCUGGAUUUUGGAGGGUGUGCCCUGAGCAGAGGAUGUGAGCCUGUAGUUACUGGGAAAGGAUGCAGCUAUCCUUAUUCCACCCCCAACAUAGAGUUAAUAAGUGGAUAUUAUGCUUUUGUUCUGUGCCAGGUGGUGUCCUGAGCCCUCAGAGAAAGUCCCUGCAUGCAUGGGGUUUACCAUCUGAGCAGGUUGUCAGGGUCAUCUUGUGGUUAAGAGCCUGGGUUCAGACUGUCGGAAUUCAAAUCAAAAUUUCCCCUUUUUAUCUGGUGGCCUUGGGCUAAUGAUUUAACCUCUUUGCCUCACUCAUUUAUAAGAUAGGAAUGCCAUUUAUUGGUACCUAACUGAUAGGGUCAUUGUGAGUUUCAACAUGAUUAUGCAUAUAAGGUCUUAGUACAGUGCCUGGCACAGAAUACAUGCUCAUUAAGUACGUUUGCAAUUAUGGUGACUAUCACUAUUUUUACUGAAAAAUAUGAUUUGCGAAUUCACGAGUAAAACCCAGUCCUCUGACCCUUUUUAAUUCACUCAGAUGGAGCUGUCUUUUGCGGCCUUGGAAAUAGGGUCUCCCUAGACAUAACUCCUGCCUCACUCUCUGCUCAGUCAGAUCCCAGGAGGUAUUUCACACAAGGGACAAAGAAGGCUAGGGAAGGGAACAAACGUUUGGCAGUCAUGUGGCUGAGGGCUUGAACAUUUGCAUUUAGGCCAUGAAGUAAAUGUGAUCUCAUUUGAAGGGUUGUGGGUAGUAAGACCAAAAUAACUCAGACUUUUUAUACAGAGAUGUGGAUAUUGACAUAUUUAUUUACAUAGGUGUAUUGUAUAACAGGGUGUCCCUCUCUUUAAAAGAGAGGUUGCCAUUGAAAAAUCAUCAGCAAAGAAUAUAUUAAGAAAUUGGUAAUAAUGGCCACCUCUGGGGAUAGAAACUGGAAGACUGACGGGUACAGGCAUGAGGGACUUACUUUCCGCUCCUUUCUACUGUUGUACUUAGGUACUUAAGUACUUAGGUAUUGCCUUUUUUAUUAUUUUUUUUAAUCGAUAUCUGAUGGUAAAGGAAUCAAGUCAUCUCGGAGCAGACUUUGUUCUGGAAAGUGAUGAGUGUCCUGUCCUGAAAAUAGCUGAGUGAUCCCUUCCAGUUAUAUAAACAUAAAUCAAGUAGGCACCAGAUAUUCAGGGAGGAGGACAUCGUUAUCAGGAUAAGUUGACAGAAAAAAUCUAAGUUAACACAGCCUUGGGACUUCUCUGGCGGUCUGGUGGUUAAGACUCUGCAUUUCCACUGCAGGGGGUCGGGUUCCAUCCCUGGUCAGGGAACUGAAAUCCCACAUGCCGUGAGGCGUGGCCAAAAAAAAAAAAAAGUUAACACUGCCUUAAAUACUUAUGAUUUUCUUUUCCGACAUAAAAAGACCAGAGAGGGCGUUCCAGGAUUGAUAAAGCAGUUUCACAAAGCUGUGGGGGACCCAGGCCCCUCCCAACCUCCCCUUCCCCAGCCCUAGGAUACGGCCCAGCCCUCCUUCCUCAUGGUCCAAGGUGGCUGCUUGAGCACCAGGCGUUAGAGCCAGAAGAAAGGGGGAAAGAAGCGUAGCACUUCCCUUGAAGGAAAGUUCCCAGAAGUUAACUUGGCAUUUCUGUUUACAUCCCCUCAGGUGGAACUAGACAAACCGAGUUCCCAAGGAGGCUGGAAGAUGGUCUUUGGGUUCUGGGUGGCCAUGUAGGGGCUUCUGUUAGCAAAAAGCAUGGAGAGGAGCAGAAGUGGGCAACAAUUGUGUCUGCCUGUGGAGUAUCAGGACUUUUUGUUUUUGUUUUUGCUUGACAAAAGUUGGGAAAUUUCCCUAAACCCCUCAGAACUGGAAUGUUGCUGGGGGGUGCAACCAUGGAACCUCUUCCUUUUCAAAAGGGACUGAGACACCACCCCUACCCCCCCUGCGCCGGCCCUUCACUCUCCCCUUUCUUUUCCCUUUCUUGCAAAUUUUAUGCCUGAGUUUUUGUUGUUUAAUUAUCUGACAUUUAAGGGACUUCCCUGGUGGUCCAGCAGCUAAGACUCUGCACUCCCAAUGCAGGGGGCCUAGGUUCGAUUCUUGGUCAGGGAACUAGUCCCACAUGCUGCAACUAAGAGUUCACAUGCCGCAACUAAAGAUCCUGCACGUGGCAACAAAGAUCCUGUGUGCUGCAACUAAGAACCGGGGCAACCAAAUAAAUAAAUAUUAAAAAAAAAA